UUCAGCAAUCACGUGGCUUACACGAUGGCCAAAUACGGUAUGUCCAUGUGCGUCCUGGGCAUGGCAAGGGAGUACGCGGAUGCCAACAUUUCCGUGAAUGCGUUGUGGCCCCGAACGAUCAUCUAUACUGCUGCCGUAGAGAUGCUGCACGGCAAGGACUCGUACGAAUAUUCGAGAAAGCCGGAGAUAAUGGCUGAUGCCGCUUACGCUAUCCUUUGCCGGCAGCCUGGGACGAGGACGGGAAACUUUUACAUCGACGACGACCUGUUGGCCGAGGAGGGUGUUAAGGAUUUUGAUCAGUACGCCUGCGUCUCCGAAAAUGCCCAAAAGUUAACGCAGGAUAUAUACGUGAGCGCGAUAUAUAAUAAGGCUAAGCUGUAGGAAAAAUGCUUCGAAACUUGUCUGAG